UUUUGGCGGGCUCAAACACUUUUCCACCGUUGGAUGGUAACGAUCAGCUUUCAAAAUUUCUCGUGCAUAAAGCCCGUAACAAACCCGUUCUCGAAAUCAUGGCCGGUGGGGAAAAUGAAGAGCAAUCCGAAAUCGUGGAACAGGAAGAGGAAGUGGUAGAAGAGAUGGAGGAAGCGCUUGAAGAGCUGCAAGAAGAAGAGAUGGAGGAAGAAACGGACGUUUCCCGCAUAUCCGUACUGUCGCAAUCCUUCGAGCCACGAAUGUCGAGCAUUGCAGAAGAGACCGAUGCGACACCAGCCGUGCAAGAACCUGCUCGCGAAACGACACCCUCCGUCACUGCUGGAGGUCCUCAGUAUGAGCGCAUAGAGAAGCUGGCACGUCCGAAGGUGGCCCAUCUGGAGGAAACGCUCGAAAGGCACGGCAGACGAAUGAAGGACGCGGCGAUCGAGCGUAUAAAGGGACUGAUCAGCGAGCUGAGAGGAACGGAAAAGCUAGCCUCGGCGCAAGGGCAACAGUCCGCUAUAAAACUGCCUCGAAAUUCCGAGCUGAUCUACAAAAAUUUGCAUUGCAGUUUGCGCAAGGUAGCGUUCGAAACGUUGGCCAAUCGGAUAUUCGACAAAAUGCCCGAGCUAAUUGUAAAGAUGCAGCACAACCGUCCCCAGCGGCUGGCACCGGAAACGAAAGUGCUGUACGAUACGUUGCAGGUCACGCUGCAGUGCUACCUGGGGCUGCCGGAGAACGAGCACGAGGCGCGUAUUUUCGAACAGCUGUGCUACGGGUUGACCAAGUUCGUGGAGAACAUCAUUGAGCAAGUGCAUCAGGAGCAGCAGGAACGGGAUGGUGCGGAGGGUGGUAAGUCACGCUAUCCGGUUGCGGUUGAGCUGGGUAGAAAAGCGUACAAGGAGCGUCAGAUGAGAACGGGCAAUUAAAAAAAAAUGGGAAAACAUUACAUUCUAACAAUAAACUGAACAUCUCCUUUAUCAA